AAAUAUUUAUUGAUAUUUUUAGUCAAUUCUCAAUUUCUAUUUUUCUUUAUUUCACGAGAAUUGAAAUAAUAUCCAAGGGAAAUUAAUAUAAUGCGUUAGAGUAGCUAACUAAUUUUUGACUUGAUCUCAUUGCGACAGUUUUAAGUAUUUGAUGCGUAUAUAUUUGAUCUAAUUAGAAGUUCUCGAUUAAUAUAUAAAAAUGAAUGUAAUUCAGGCAGUUAAAAUGUAUAUAACAAAAAUGACCGAAGAAAGUGGACCAGGAAUGAAAGUGAUUUUAAUGGAUAAAGAUACCACCAGUAUCGUAAGCAUGGUGUUCAGUCAGUCGGAGAUAUUACAAAAGGAAGUGUAUUUGUUUGAAAGAAUCGACAGUCACGCAAAAUGGGAUAACAUGAAGCAUAUGAAGUGCAUUGUGUUCUUGAGGCCGACUUCAGAAAACAUUGCCUUGCUGUCACGAGAGCUACGAUGUCCAAAAUACGGGGUUUAUUUUAUAUAUUUCAGUAAUGUAGUGUCAAAAGCCGAUAUCAAGACAUUAGCAGAGUGCGAUGAGCAGGAGGCCGUGCGGGAGGUUCAAGAGGUGUUUGCUGACUACCUCGCUGUGGAUCGUCACCUGUUCUCCUUUAACAUUGUCGGCUGUUUGCAUGGUCGUAAUUGGAACCAACAGCACUUACAGCGCUGUUCUCAAGGCUUGUUAGCCCUAUUGCUGUCCCUGAAGCGAAGACCGGUGAUCCGGUAUGAGGCGGGGUCGGAAGCUUGUUCAAGAUUAGCCGAACGUGUGAAGGAACUCAUGCGUCGGGAGGCUGUGUUGAUGGAUAACAACAUACCUUUCAACGGAGAUCUGCCACCACCUCAGUUGCUUAUUCUGGAUAGACGUGACGACCCCGUCACACCGUUGUUGACUCAAUGGACUUACCAGGCGAUGGUUCACGAGCUUCUGACAAUCAACAACAACCGCGUGAGCCUGGCCGACGUGCCCGACGUGCCCAAGGAUUUCCGGGAGGUUGUUCUGGCUCCCGAGCAGGAUGAGUUCUACGCCAAGAACUUAUAUUCCAACUUCGGCGAGAUCGGACAAACUAUAAAGUCCCUGAUGGACGAGUUCCAGAAGAAGGCUAAGAGUCACCAGAAGGUCGAGAGUAUUGCUGAUAUGAAGAACUUUGUUGAAACAUACCCAUUAUUCAAGAAAAUGUCGGGCACGGUGACGAAACACGUGACGGUGGUGGGCGAGCUGUCGGCGCGGGUGGCGGCGCGCCAGCUGCUGCGGGUGUCCGAGCUGGAGCAGGAGCUGGUGUGCCAGGCCGACCACGCGGGCCACCUGGCGCGCCUGAAGGCGCUGGUGGGGUCGGAGAACAUCCGCGCGGAGGAGCUGUGGCGGCUGGUGGCGCUGUACGCGCUGCGCUACGAGCGCCACGCGGCCAACGCGCUGCCGGCGCUGGUGGAGGCGCUGGCGGAGCGCCCGGGGCGCCAGGACGCCGCGCGCGCCGCCGUGCUGGCGCUGGAGUACGGCGGCGCGCACGCGCGCCAGAGCGACCUGUUCGGCCUGCAGGACGCCGCCAAGAUCACCAAGAGGCUCUUCAAGGGUCUAAGCGGUGUUGAAAAUAUAUACACACAACACACACCCCUCCUAAAGGAUACCCUUGAAGACCUGAUCAAGGGGAAACUUCGAGAGAACUUGUACCCCAUAGUUGGGGGUGAAGAUUUGUGUUCAGGAAGACGGCCUCAAGACAUCAUAGUGUUCAUAGUUGGUGGUACCACAUAUGAGGAGUCUUUCUGUGUCCAUCAAAUAAAUCAGGCGUACCCUGGAGUCAGGGUAGUUCUGGGUGGUACCACUAUACAUAAUUCCGCCUCAUUCAUGGAGGAAAUCAAGCACGCGAUGCAAGGGGUUCAUAGAACGCAUACCAGGCAUAUUAGGAACAUAUAAAUCUCUUAGUGAUUUGUUUUCA